UUAAGGAGAUGCAAAAAAUUGAAGAGAGAACUCAUCCGGAAUAUUUGGAAGAUGCAGUAAAGACAGAUGAUCAAGGUAAACCGGUGCCCAUUCCUGCGCCCGUAAUUACAGAUGAAAUGGUUGAAGUUGUCAAGGACAGACAUGACUAUGAGCAGGACAAGGCCAGAGAGUCAGCGGAAAAUGAAAGAAAAGAUAAAGAGUUGAAAGAAACCAAGGAGCAAUUAAAGCAUGCAAGAAGAAUAGAUAAGUAUGGAGAACCUAUACCCCUUGAGCAGCCAAUAGAUGAAGAGGAAGAUACAGUAGAUGAGGAAGGUUUCGAAGAAGAAGAAAAAAGAUGGGAGGAGAAAAGUAGGGGAACCCCAGUAUUAGACUUGGAUUCUUCAGAAGAAAUUAUACCAACAGAUGAGAUAUUUGAGGAGCAAAAGGAUGAGCAAAGAAACGGAGUCUCAAGCAAAAGAUUUAUAUUCUGA